AUGGAUAUUAAGUUUACUUGGUCAACUACGCAAAAAGGUGAAAGAGCAAUCUUGUAUAAUAAUUAUUUAUAUCGAUUAAGACGUGAAAACCAGAAUGGUUCGUUCAUAUAUGUUUGCACAGCUAAAUCAUGUCCUUGUGCUAUUACUUUAAAAAACAAUGUUAUUAUUAAAAAAAAUAGUACAAAUCAUAAUCAUGCUCCAAAAUUGACUGAAAAUGUAGAAAAUGUUUUAAAUGAGUUAAAACGUCGCGUAUUGACUGAUGUUGAUCAACCUAUAGGUAGAAUUUAUGAAGAAGAACGGCGCGAAAAUGGUUCAGCUGCUGCAAUUCCAGUUUUUGAGACUUGGAAAUCAAAUUUAUACAAUAUUCGUAGAUCAGUAUUACCUGCAAUACCAACUUCAAUAGAUUCUAUUAAAAUUCCUCACUGUAUGUCAUUUACGGAUACUAAUGAACAAUUUUUAUUUUGUAAUUCAACUACGCCACACAAAAUUAUUGCAUUUGCAUCGGAAACAGCAUUAAAAAUUUUAAGUGAAAAUCAUCAUUGGAAUGCUGACGGAACAUUCCGUACAUCACCGGCAUUGUUUAGUCAAGCGUAUUAUAUACAUGUCUGGGAUGAAUACAGUAUGAAGCCUAUGGUUUACUCAUGUUGUCAAGAUAAAUCCCAACAGACUUAUAUAAAUUUAUAUCAAUCAUUAAUUCAAUACGCAACAACAAAGAAUAUUACUUUACAGCCAAAAUCAAUAUUAGUUUAUUUUGAACGAUCUGCAAUAAAUGCGAUUAAUGAAGUAUUUCCAAGUACAAUUGUAAAAUGCUGUCAUUUUCAUUAUGCACAAAACAUAUGGAAAAAGGUUAAAAAGUAUGGUUUAAAGCAAUUAUCAAAAGAAGAACAUAUUAAAAGACAAAUAGCUAAUAUUAUAAGCUUACCUUUAGUACCAAAAAAUGAAAUAAAUAAUUUCAUGGAACAAAUAAUUGAUGUUUUGUUCAAUAUUGAUAGUAAAUUUGAUAAAUUAACCGAUUAUAUAUUAAAUACUUAUGUCGAAGAUCCUUUAUUUACAUCUAAUAUAUGGAAUCAUUUCGAUUCAAUUGGCGAAAGAUCGCGUACUAAUAACCAUUUAGAAGGCUGGCAUCGACAAUUAAAUUCGCGUGUUCGAACACACCCAGAUCUUUGGGCAUGGUAUAAUGAAAUCAAAUCAUCAGAAGAAUCAGUUAUGAUUCGCCAUGAACAAGAACAAGCGCAAAAGCGUACAACAAGACCAAGAAAAGCGAAAAAUAUACGUGACGAUGAAAAACUUAAAUCAGCAAAGACAAAAUAUAUUCAAGAUCAAGAUUUUAAUGCUUAUCAAAAAGUCUUACGAAGUAUCUCUCAUCGAUAUAUAGAUGUUUUAAAAGACGCUAAAGAUAGUAGUGACGAAGAGUAA